AUGCAACAAGUGUUUGGGAAUAUAUUUUCAACGUCCUUUGGAAAUCAAUCCAAUCAUGAUGGAGGAGAUGGUGGAAUUUCAUUUAUGGAUUUAUUUGGAGGUGAAGAAUUGAAUGUACCAAUGCAAGAAGUAAAAUCAUCAUCAUCGGAACAAGUCAUGGCAACAAAGGAGAAACAAAAUAAUAUUCAAAAUCAUCCUGGAAUUCCGAAUGUACAGAAAAAUAAUGGCAUGAACAAUAGUGGUGGAGUUGGAAAUGAAAGCAACAAGAAGAUUAUUUCAAAUUCUCAAACAGCACAAAAGUCUGAAAAGAAGACUCCGAGGUUGCAACAAAAUAUUGAACAAGCAAAUUUAGAAAAAAGUAAUAACAGCGGCAACAAGAAUUCUACGCCAAGUAUUGCUGAUUUAUUAUUUGGAAAUGUGGGAUCCAAUACAGCCACUAUUUCACAAACUCACUCUACUGCACCUAAAAAUGAUAUGACUUCUCAGAAAUCAAAGUCCAAUCCAAGAAAGAUGCAACAAACACUUGAGGCAUCAAGACACUCCAAAUCACACUCCAUUCAACUUGAAACAUCUUCUGAGGAUAGUGACAAUGAAACUCAAAACGUUAAAAACAGCGAAAAGAAAAAGACAAAUAACGGUACUCAAAACUCCAAAAUACUUGAAUCCAACCUAAAAUCGAGCUCUACUCAUCUAAAAUCAACCUCUGCCCCAAAAUCAUCUACAAAUGUUCGAAAAUCAUCACCGUCCAAAGAGAAAGGUGAGCCUACAGUAUUGUUAAAGAGAAAAUUUGUACAAACUCUUCUGGAUAAGUCCAUGUUUGAAAAAUCAUCAACAAGAGAAGAUGAAAAUACAAACACUUCCCUUUUCUGUAUGUGUUGCAAUCAAUACAUACCCAUUUCCUCUACUUUAAAAAAACCUUCCAAGAAGGUAAAAGUUUUCCACGGUACUCAUAUAGAAUGGAAUGAACACUUAGAAAGUGACAGUCAUCAUGACAUGAAAGAAGUAUUGAAACGAUUUAAUGUGUUGUGCUUUGAAAGUGGUACAUGUAAAACAAGAUUUCAUCAUUUUGCGAAUGCCUAUUGUUUGAUGAAUUUUCACAAAGUAUUUGAAUUUGCACGAAACUUUCACAAAAAUAUGAAAAGAAAACGAGUGAUACAUAUUCAUGAAGAUGAAGACCAUGUACUGGAUCGCAUAUUCAUCGAUUACAUUGCAAAUUUUGUGUAUAGAAAAGAUUUUGUUGCAGCUCUUUCGAUCGAUCGAGAAAUUAAUUCACAAGACUGUGUAAAAUGUGUGAAACGAUUUUUCAACAGUAUGAGACAAAUGGCUCUGAGUGUUUCAUAUAAUAUUUGGAGAGUUUAUGGAACUUUUUUUGAGAAUCAAACAAAUGAAUGUUUUGGAGAAAUUCUGUCAGAUUUGGUGCAUUUAGGUUCUGAAAUUUUAAGUCAUUUGGCAAAAUUUGGAAAUUUUGAUCCUGAAAACCUCUUCUUAGACGAACCUUUUGAUUGUGAGUCCUUAAUACCCUAUUACUCCAAUUCAGAAGAGGAAGACGACUACGAAGAAAGCUCUAGCGAAGAAGAACUCACUGAACAACAAUCGAAUGAACAAUAUCUGAAUGGGGAACACUCGAGGCAAAAUUCAUCCAUGAUAUCGAAUGCGGAGAGCGACGAUAGUUUGCAUGAUCGUUCACAUUAUUAUUAUCAUUCGCAUCAUCCUUAUUUCUCAUUCUUUAUCAAAUUGUACAUUCAACACUUUUUCAUGUUCAAACCAGUGAAAAUGAUCAUACCUGAAGCGAUUGAAGAGUUUAAGCAUGUCAUUGAAAAUACAGAACUCUCAUGGGAAGAAUGGGACCAUUUUAUAUGGUCAAAGAAGAAACAAUUCUUGUCGACAUUCAGCGACAAAUCUGAAAGUACCAUUGCUUCAGAUAUACAACAAGACCAAGAGGUAUUGGAAAGUGCAACCUCUCACCCAUCACAAUCUCAACAACCUGUGUCUAGUCAGAAGAGUAUUGAGGAAUUAUUAUUUGGCUCGUCAUCACAAACUUUUGAAAACUUGUUUUUCAUGCCAAGCAACAGCAAGCCCAUACAACCAAAGAAACAAGCACAGAACUCGGCUGAGAAAAGAAAAACCAUCAAUCCCAACUCUCCAGAGAACGUUGUUCAAAAUGAAAAAGAAAUGUGGGCGCUUUUACUUGAAGAGGAAGAGACAGGGAAUUCCGUUCAAUAA